AUGGUAAAAUUAAAAGUAGAUGAAAAAGUGUGGGCACUGAAAUCGUUGUUUUCUGUAGAAGCAGUAGUGGUUGACAGUUGUAGUAGCCAAAACCGAAAUAUUAAAGUUGCAUUAGAUGUUAUGAAUUUUAUUCAACAGGAGGAUUGUCCGAUAAAAACGAUUGAUCACAAUUUCAUGGUUAGUGGUCAAUCCGUUAUGCCAAACGAUGCUGAUUUUGGUGUUAUUGAGCAAUUGAGAAAGGAAGAGUUAUGUUUGUGCCAAAUGAUUGGUAUAAUGCCAUUUCAAAAUUCAAACGGAAAAAGCCAUUCCAGGUGA